GGGCCGCGGCUUCAGCGGAUGUUACUGCGCAUGCUCAACUCUCCAUCGCGCAUACUCAGUGACAGCAAGGCAAUACAUCGGAGCGGAUUCUCCCACUACCUCCCGCUGCUGGGUCUGUCAGGGGCCUCCCGCGUCGCCGCCUUGCUAUCCGACCAGCUGUAAGCAAUGUCCAGUGACCCGCCCCCACCCUACCCAGGGGGACCUUCUGCACCGCUACUACAAGAGAAGAAUGGCCCACCCACCAUGUCAGACGGAGUCUCCACUGCUGGAGUCCAGCCCCAUGGGAUGCCUGUGCCCCCUUCAGAUUUUGGGCCACCCCCGUACGAGCCACCCCUGCAGCCGGGGUACAUCCCCGCUCCCGUUUCUGCAGAUGGCUCUAUGCCCUACAUGCCCCAUGGUUAUUAUCCACCCCCAGGACCUCACCCUCCCAUGGGCUAUUACCCGGCUGCGGGACAUUACCCCUCUCCUGGUGGCCACACAGCAACUGUCAUUGUACCAUCGGGGGCAGCAACCACGGUCACCGUGCUGCAGGGAGAAAUAUUCCAGGGCAGCCCCGUGCAGACGGUGUGUCCUCACUGCCAGCAGGCCAUCACCACCGCGAUCACACAUGAGAUAGGGCUCAUGAACUUCCUCCUCGGCUUCUUCUGCUGCUUCGUCGGAUGUGAUCUGGGCUGCUGCUUGAUUCCAUGUUUAAUAGACGACUUCAAGGAUGUGACCCACACUUGUCCCAACUGCAAAGCCUACAUCUACACGUACAAGCGCAUGUGCUAACAGCACCCCCGGGAGCCACACCUGCUGGAAUGACAUCACCCCCUCCUCCACGCCGAUCUACACAUGCAGAAUGCUCCUUUGCUUAGCCCUA